AUGUCCGGUCGCGGUAAAGGCGGUAAAGGUCUCGGAAAAGGAGGCGCCAAGCGUCAUCGAAAAAUCCUUCGUGAUAACAUCCAAGGUAUCACUAAGCCAGCCAUCCGUCGUCUUGCUCGCCGUGGGGGUGUCAAGCGAAUCUCAGGCUUGAUCUACGAAGAGACCCGUGGUGUUCUCAAAGUUUUUCUCGAGAACGUGAUCCGUGAUGCUGUGACAUACACGGAGCACGCCAAGAGGAAGACAGUGACAGCCAUGGAUGUGGUGUACGCUUUGAAGAGACAAGGCCGCACUCUGUACGGAUUUGGCGGUUAG